ACCUCGCCUGGGUUCCAGAUCCUGGACGCCUUCCAGCUUCAUAUAAAUCAUCCUGCAGAGCGCAGAGCAAGUAAAGGUUCUGAUGGGAACACAUGCAGACAUGAGUCCUCCUCCCAAAGACGUUAAAAAUGAAACUGAAGCUGGGACAGCAGAUGCAGUUGGGACGGGGACCAGAACUUCCAGUGGGGUCCGGGUUGCAGACGGCACUGUAAACGGGUGUAGAGCCAGGAAUGGGGCUGUAGACGGAGCCAGGAAUGAAGCGGCAGUUACAGACGGACAAAGACCACCACCCUGCGCCCGCCACCCCUGGAGCGUCCACCCCAGGUCCAAAGACCGGCGGUACCGCAGCAGCCACCGGUUGGUGCUCCACUACCUGGUCCCCUGCAUGAGCUCCUACGGCAUGUGCAUCAUCGACAACUUCCUUGGGAGCAAAACCGGGGACCGGAUCCUGCAGGAGGUCCAGGAGCUCCACCGCGCCGGGAAGAUGCGGGACGGCGAGCUGGCCAGCAGGGGGCUGGAGCGGACCAGCAGCAUCCGCGGGGACCAGAUCGUCUGGGUGGAAGGGAAGGAACCGGGCUGCGAGAACAUCGGAUACCUGCUGUCCAGGAUGGACAAACUGAUCACCUACGCAGACGGGAAGCUGGGAAACCACAAGAUCAGAGGGAGGAACAGCAAGGCCAUGGUGGCGUGUUACCCAGGAAACGGGGCCGGUUACGUCAAACACGUGGACAACCCGAACUUCGACGGGCGCUGCAUCACCUGCAUCUACUACCUCAACAAGAACUGGAACGCCAAGGAGCACGGCGGCAUCCUCAGGAUCUUUCCCGAGGGGAAAUCAUACGUGGCCGACAUCAAGCCGCUGUUCGACAGGCUGCUCUUCUUCUGGUCCGACCGCAGGAACCCACAUGAGGUGCAGCCCUCCUACUCCACCAGGUACGCCAUCACAGUUUGGUAUUUCGACUCUGAGGAGAGAGCUGAGGCCAAGAGACGCUUCAGAGACUUGACAGCCUCCACCCAGCAGCAGGGCAGCAGCUCCGGCUGAUGGAGAGCAAACAUGGCUGCCUGGUGUUUGAUCUGCGGGAGAGGACGGCACGAUUCCUCAAAGCUUCUGGAAAAGCUGAAAGAAAAAGGACCAAAAAAAAAGUAUUUUCACUGUGUUCUGGACUCUGAGGACUCGAGGGUCCGUCGGGGGCUGCAAACAACAACCUGCUGCGUUCAGGUGACCGGCAGCCGCUCUGGACUUUUCCUGCUUUACUUUGUGCAAUACUCUUUGCUGACUAAGGGAAACAGCGGACUGCACCUUUAAAGCUUCAGCACGCUUCACAGCAGAGGAGGAGGAGGAGGAGGAGGAGCAGGAGGAGAGGACAGUGUUUACAGAACUGUGGAGAACCAUCGUGGAGCUGUUUACUAGUGAAUGACAGAUUGUGGGCUGGAACUCACAACAGGAUGUGUUUAAAUCUGCAUAACUUUAUAAACUGGUGUUUGAUGCUAACGCAGGCCGGCGGCGGUGAAAUGACCACGGAGAGAGACAGAGUCUGCUUUUCUGUGCAGAUCAGUUACGAAUUACGAAGAAAAAAGAAAGAAGAGUUCAUUUUGUUCAUGUUCAGCUCAACAGUCCUAAGCCCCGCCCCUUUCUGCUCUGUGCUCCAAUCACAGUUGAGCAACCCUCGGCCAACUUCCUCCUUUUCUGUACGUAGAUAUGCUAUAUGCUAGGCUAAUCUUUAUGUUGAAAAGACGACUACACUAAAAAGAUAAACGAACGUUAGCUAACUUAAGAUGUGACUAAAUGUCUCUUUUACGUGUGGUUGAGCACGCAGCAUAAACACAGGAGUACAUACAGGAAGCAUUAACUGUUAACUGUGGCGGGACUUAUGGAGGGUCAAUUUAAUGUCUACAACAUUUAACCUGUAGUAAUAAUAAGACAAUCUUAAUGUCCACUUACUAGCUUUUUUUACAUCUUUGCACUAAGAAAACUGUGUCUGCAGGAAGACUGAGUCAAGGUUGAAAGCUCCAAAAAAAGCUAAUAAGUAGACCUUAAAAGUACAAAAACCCCUCGUCCAAACAUGAACCGCCCGCACUCACGUCCACAGCGACAGUCCAUCAAUCAAUCGUUUAAUCGUCACGAGGACGGUCCGUACGCAGUCUGUCGGAUGAAGCUCGCUGACGGCAGCUUGCUUUGUCCAUGUUAGCAAACGUUAACCAGCUAAAACCACAAUCUAGUCCACUAUAGUAGCUAUAGCUCACAGAGACUGUAGUCUCUGAGCUCUCACUUUGCACUUUGUGGUGGUGUUAACUAACGUUGCACACUGAAGGGAAAGCCUCCUUCGGUUUUAGAGAGGAGUCCACAGGUUGUUAUUUUAAAUGAUUAAUACAUAAAAAAGAGAGUUACGUCUCUUCUUUUGGGACUUUAAACAAACUUAUGAAACAUAGUUGAAUGUGUGUUUCCACUCUGAGCUGCUGCUGCUGAGCGUUACGACUUUGUGAUUCCUUCCUUCACUCUCUCCGCUGUGAGUUUUUGCUCCUGAAUCUUAAAAUGGCCGCCGGCGCUGCAGAAGGACGAAGAGGAGAGAGAUUCCACUGAUGCAGCAGAUUUGACGGGCGGCGUGUGAAGCGGCUGUCACAGACCGACUGUAUGAGAGCGGAUGAAUAAUUGAUGCUCCGUUCAAACGGCUCUUCGGAGACGUUAUUGAGCCCCGAGUCGCCGUCCUGAAAGAAUAACGCUCGCUGCCAGCGUGCGCCUUUAAAACUGAUGUGUCACUCCGACUGCAGUUAGUGUGUCUGCUGGAAGAGAGACCUUCUGUCUCGGUCCAGAUUCUAUCAAUGCUCUGUAAACUGUUUGUGACACAAACAAUAAACGAUGCACAACGUAAG